AGCUUGCCUUGCGACCGUCACCUCCAAGCACGCAGCCAUGGCCAAGCCGGCACAGCAGCCGCAGCAGGACGCCGACGACGGCAACCUGCUCAAGAUGAUGCUGGCGCAGGUGCAGGACCUCGACCUCACCGACCCCGACCAGGCCGAGGAGGAGCGUGCGGCGCAGGACCCGCGCCGCCUGCUCGUCGAGGGCUUCGAGAUCUCGAAGCUCUUCACCAUCAUCGAGUUUGCGCUGCAGCAGGCCGGGCGCGAGGGCGGGCUCAUGGACGGCUUCGACAUGAUGUCGCGGCAGGACACGGUCAAGCAGAUCAACGGCGCCUUUCUCUUCAUCGUCAAGAACGCCGAAGGCAGGGAGCAGGAGUUCUUCGUCGACAUGCGCAAGACGGGCUCCUUCUCCACGACGCGCCCCGCCAAGCCCAAGCCCGACGUGACGAUCCGCGUCUCGGACCGCGACAUGGUGCGCCUCAGCACGGGCGAGAUGAACCCGCAGAAGGCCUUCCUGCAGGGCAAGCUCAAGGUCAAGGGCAACAUCAUGCUCGGCCUUCGAUGCCAAAACCUGCUGCUCCGCGAGGUGACCAAGCUGAGCCGCCUCUGAUGCUUCCCAUACCCCAGCCAGCGCCGUCUCAUUCCCACAUACGACUUUAUCGAUCAAUUAGCGCUAGGUGAGAGGUUGGUCACGACGAAGAAGACGGGCCAGUGCCAGAGCCCGGUCAGAAGGCGCCGGCCAGUGCCCGGGCACUUCACCAAGGGUACUCGCCGGGUCCGCCGGUGAAGAUGCCCGUCUUGCCGUCGGUGUCGACAAUGGCGCGCACGAUGAUCUCGGCGCCCGACUCGGGCGUGUUGGUGCCGC